GUCCGCCGCCAUAUUUUCAGAACGGAAGCUGGCUGGUUUUCCAAUUUAGUUCUUGGACUGAAGUAUACCGAACAGUUUUUCCCACAACACAAUUUAGAAGAUAAUUGUGUUUGUAUCGUUAACAGUCUCAUAUUCGUGACCGUUUAAUACCUUAAUCGGCGAUCAUUUAGGUUGUUUGAUUUGUUUGUACACACGUUUGCAGUGCUUCUUGUUUGUGAUCGAUUCGGAGGAAUGUCUGGAGGAGUCAUUCGAGGCCCAGCGGGUAAUAACGACUGUCGGAUUUACGUGGGCAAUCUUCCCCCAGACAUUCGCACCAAGGAUGUCGAAGAUGUUUUCUAUAAAUACGGGGCCAUACGGGACAUUGAUCUGAAAAACCGAAGAGGAGGACCGCCGUUUGCCUUUGUUGAAUUUGAAGAUCCUAGGGAUGCAGAUGAUGCUGUCUGUGGUCGUGACGGCUACGACUAUGAUGGCUAUCGCCUGCGUGUGGAGUUCCCACGAAGCGGGCGUGGGGGUGGGAGAGGAGGCGGCGGAGGUAUUGGAGCUCCACGGGGAAGGUAUGGCCCACCCUCACGACGCUCCGAGUACAGGGUCAUUGUCUCAGGCCUCCCACCCAGUGGAAGCUGGCAGGACCUGAAGGACCACAUGCGAGAGGCAGGUGAUGUAUGUUACGCUGACGUGUUCCGUGAUGGCACCGGUGUGGUGGAGUUUGUACGCAAGGAAGACAUGACCUACGCCGUCCGCAAGCUGGAUAACACUAAGUUCCGCUCUCAUGAGGGAGAGACAGCUUACAUCCGCGUGAAGGUGGACGGGCCCCGUAGCCCUAGCUACGGCCGUUCCCGCUCCUGCAGCCGCAGCAACAGCCGGUCCCGGAGCUACUCGCCGCGCCGAAUUCCAGGUUCCCCAAACUACUCCCGCUCUCGCUCACGCACCUAGGCCCUCAACCAGCUCGUCUCCGAGAUGCUUACAGCACCCACCCAGACCCAGGGACCGGCCACCUCUAGCCCUGUGUGGUCUGAGACUUCCCACUCACUGAUCAGUUUGACGUCAGCUGUGACUCACUCUGCCCCCUGGUGGACAAUCAGCUUUAUUACUCAGUUCAUCCUCCUGAUCCGUCUUCUCAUUCCUCUCACCCUGUUUGUCGAACUUCUGUCGUCGUUGUCCCCCCCCCCUUUCUUUCCCAUAACCACCGUCCCCCCUCUCCUCCCCUCUCCUCACUCCCCUUUCCAUCACCCCGCGUUUCACCCUCUAACUCAUCUCUACAAGCCCUGCUGUGUCAUUCUGACUGGUAACUCUCCCCUCUCUCUCCUUGUUUGAACCCAGUGGAAAUGGGACAAGCAGCCUUGGUGCUUCCAUCAUAGUGUGGCCUUGUGCUAACGCAUGUUGUCGGCAGGGAUGGGUUUGUGAAUGGUUUUUCGAGGAUACAUGUUGUUUUUCUGGGCCUGGCGUGUUUACUUGUGUGAACUGUUGUACUUUCACCUUCUCAUGUGUCUUUCUGUAGAAUUCAGAGGAGCAGGAUAGGAUGGAAACACAGGAAAAGUCAUAUUAGGAUAAACAGGAGAAGGAGUCAAAUAAGGAGCCAAUGGUAUGACGACCGUGGCCUCUUAAAGCCAACUAAUAGGCUUUUAGCCUGAUUCUUUUUUUUUUCAUUUGACAGUGUAACUGUAUGUUUAUCAGUACUAUAAUUCCUAAAUUUGGCUUUGCAAUAUUGUAUCCCAUGUCUCUUGCCCGGUGUUUGUUACACCUAUACAUCCACUCUCACUGUAAGGAUGUUUGUAUGCAUGUCCCUUGUCCAUGCUGGUCGACCAGUAAGAUCGUCGUUUUUCAAUCCCAGUAGCCUACUCAGUAAUGCCCAGUGUAAAAUAUUGUAUUUUUGAAAAUGAUUUUGCUCUUUAUGUAUUGUGGCAUCAUUUCACUUUAGUUUGUUUGUAUAUUCUCUAGUUUCUGGCCAUGGAAUGAAGGUCGUGGGGGGGGGGGCUUUUGUAGACAACAAAAGCUCCUUCUUUUGCAUGGGUGUAAUUCUAACUUGUUGCCUCCUUCUCUUUGGUUCUGCUGGUAUUCUGAAGGUUUGGAUGGGGCUCACUGUCUCCCCAUCCCGGAGCCGGAUCAGUGGAUCAGGAUUCAGGAUUAGGAUUAGGUUUAAGGAUGGAUACAUGGAGCAGGAGCGUGGGAGCAUUUUACCGGGAGAAGAUCCCGACCCUCUGGGCCAGCCCCCCCGUCCCUGUCCCCUACCAACCAAACCGGAAUCAUUAUGUUAAAAUAACUCACCUAAUUGGCACUCAAACAUAACAAAUUCCUUUGUCAUUUGCUUCUUUUGGUGGAACCUCAGAUUUGCGCCCUGACGGGAUCUUGAUCGGCAAUCUUUUCUUUUUUUCCGAGGUAUCUUCUUUUCAUAAUUAUAAAAAAAAGAGGAGCAAUCCCUGGAGCAAAAGCCAGGAGGCGUGCUCCGAGGCACAGGAUGGACCCGCGCGCGUAAGGAGUGGUAACGAGGGCUAACGAGGGGCAUUCUAACGUGGGAGGGAGGGAAGGAGGGCAUGAGAGGGUGAGAUGUCGUAAUUAUGGUUUGCGAGUUCAGUUUUAGUUCAUAUACUCACAUGGUUUGCAGUGUUUAUGCCUCUCGUCAAUAAAUACCCAU